AGUUCUGCAGAGGACCAAGGCUCUUCCAGAAGCCACGAACAGCGUGCUGUGAAUGUUUGUUAAAGGAGCGGUCUGUUUAAGUCCAGCCCUGGUUAUAAAUUUACAGGAACUUAACUUUGUGCCAUGUAAACAGCAGCAGCUCCAAGAUGGCUAAGGAAUCACUUGCUAGAUGGCUCUAUCAAAUCUAACAGAGGCGUAAGAGAGCUGAAUUUUAUGAGGAGGUACAGUGCGUGUCAUGUGAAGAAACAGAGGGUUUCUGAAUCCUGCUGUCCGGGUCGCCCCAGAAAGCAGAGAUGAAUGCUUCAGUGGAAGGAGGGGACGGCUGCACGCUCUGAAUUUUCUGGCAUGGAUCUGUAUGAGGAUUACAAAUCGCCCUUCGAUUUCAAUGCUGGAGUGAACAGAAACUACCUUUACCUGUCGCCUAGCAUAAACCUUUCUCCACCUGGAUCACCUACACUGGCGAAGCCUGGGCUGCUGAGAAGUGACUCUAUACCUGAGGUUGGAGAGGAUGCUGCUGCUACAGUCGGUAUGGCAGAAACACUCUCAGAAGAAGAACAGGAUGAGCUAAGAAAAGAGCUUGCUAAGGUGGAAGAGGAAAUCCAGACGCUCUCACAAGUGCUAGCUGCCAAAGAGAAGCAUCUAGCAGAAAUCAAGAGAAAGCUGGGAAUUAACUCAUUACAGGAACUAAGGCAGAACAUUACCAAAAGCUGGCAAGAUGUUACGUCAACCACAGCAUACAAGAAAACAUCAGAAACCCUGUCUCAGGCUGGUCAGAAGGCUUCUGCUGCUUUUUCAUCAGUUGGUUCAGUCAUAACCAAGAAGUUUGAAGAUGUCAGAAAUUCUCCUACUUUCAAAUCCUUUGAGGAAAAAGUUGAAAACUUAAAGUCUAAAGUUGGAGGAAGCAAACCUGCCGGGGGAGACUUUGGAGAAGUUCUCAACUCUGCUGCCAAUGCCAGUGCCACAGAAACUAUUGCAGAACAGACACAGGAGGAGACCCACUGAGAUUCCCGUCUCUGUCCUGCUACCCACUGCCAGAUGCUGCAAGCAAAAACUAAGCACACUUGUAACGUUCUUUGCGCUCUUUCCACCAGAUGUGCUUUUAUUUAGCACGUAGCUAUUUUACCAGAUUAACUGAUACCAGGCUUCUUUGUGGGUUCAAAAUAUUUUUGAAACUAAAAUACGUUGUUUGGGGUUUUGUGUGGGAAGGGGAAUUUUUAUGCCUUUCAAGCAUUUAAAGGACUUAUCUGUAAUUUGAAGGCAACCUUUAAAAUACAGCAAUGAAAAAAAUCCUCCUUUGAGAAGUUAAUUAUACUGUAUAUAUACUGUGGAUACAUAAUUUCCUUUGAAUCUGUAACUACUGCUCAACUUAAUCGUUACGAAUCUACUGCUGCUGCCAAACUGAAGCUUGUUACUUCACUCCCUUGUGAUUAUUUCAGUUAAGUGUUGCCUGCAUGGGACACCGGACACGGAGGAUCACUCCUGGCUGAAGAAAGGACUUCUGCUUCAGCAGGCUUUAAACAAGUUACUCGUAGCAGGAUUACACGCGGGUAGGAACGUACUGUCUUACGAGCGUGUUCCUCAUACAACAGAUGCGGAUAGGGUAAUACGUAACAUCUAAAACUUACUGAUUUGUCUGUGGAUUAUCCACCUUCUGACCAUCGCAGAUGGAAGCAGGAUGCCUAGUAGUGCUGGUUUGGUUCAGUUACCAUAACAUUGUCCGUCUUGUUUUUUGUAC